AUCUCUGUGUUUUGUCCUCUCCCAGGCUGCCGUGGCAACCCUCAUCAUGGCCGACAUGAACAGCCUACAGGUCCCAGGUGAAAACAACCUCGCAUCCUCUCCCUCAGUCGGACGAAAUGACUGCAGCAUCGCACCCCUCACACCCUCAGCCUCUCCGAGAACGGAGGCCAGGUCGAGGAUGGCUCAUCCGUUCUCUGUGGUGGUAGCUAUAGACUUUGGAACCACCUCCAGCGGCUAUGCUUUCAGCUUCACACGAGACCCAGAGGCUAUUCACAUGAUGAGGCGCUGGGAGGGCGGGGACCCGGGCGUAGCCAACCAGAAGAGCCCCACGUCCCUGUUAUUGACCCCUGAGUUGAAGUUCCAUAGUUUUGGGUUCGCUGCCAGAGACAACUAUCAUGAUCUGGAUCCUGAAGAGGCUCAACACUGGCUUUACUUCGACAAGUUCAAAAUGAAGAUACAUAGUAUUACUGAUCUGACCAUGGAGACGGAGCUGGAGGCGGUGAGUGGGAGGAAGGUGAGGGCCAUCGAGGUGUUCUCUCACGCUCUCCGGUUCUUCAGAGUACACGCCCUGAAGGAGGUGAAGGACCAGUCUUCGGCGCUAUUGGAGGGAGAUGAGGUGAGAUGGGUGAUCACUGUUCCUGCUGUGUGGCGACAACCAGCCAAACAGUUCAUGAGAGAGGCUGCCUAUCUGGCUGGUCUGGUAUCUCCUGACACUCCAGAACAGCUCCUGAUAGCUCUAGAACCUGAAGCAGCUUCCAUCUACUGUCGCAAGCUCCGCCUACACCAGGUGAUUGACCUGAGCCUCCGGCCAAUGACCAACGGCCUCAGCUUGGAGAGCGACGGGUCCCGCCCUUUUGACUCCAGCUUCAGACAAGCGCGUGAGCAGCUGAGGAAAGCGAGACACAGCAGAACUUUCCUGGUGGAGAGAGGGACUGGAGAACUCUGGUCAGAGAUGCAGACUGGUGACCGGUACAUAGUGGCAGACUGUGGAGGAGGAACAGUAGACCUGACAGUUCAUCAGAUAGAGCAGCCCCAGGGGACACUGAAGGAACUCUACAAGGUCUCAGGAGGUCCAUACGGGGCGGUCGGCGUCGACCUAGCCUUUGAAGCCAUGCUUUGUAAGAUCUUCGGGGAGGACUUUAUCGAGAGCUUCAAGGCGAAGCGUCCCGCUGCAUGGGUGGAUCUGACCAUCGCGUUCGAGGCUCGUAAACGCACGGCCACGCCGGGGCGAUCCAGCGCACUGAAUAUCUCUCUGCCCUUCUCCUUUAUCGACUUCUACAAAAGAUACAGAGGACAGAGUGUGGAGACUGCCCUGCGCAAGAGCAACAUGAACAUAGUGAAGUGGUCGUCUCAGGGAAUGCUACGUCUCACUCCUGAAGCCAUGAACGAACUGUUCCAACCCACCAUUAACAAUAUCAUCAAACACAUUGAGGAGUUGAUGCAGAGACAGGAAGUGCAGGGUAUUCGCUUCCUGUUCCUGGUUGGGGGUUUCGCUGAGUCGCCCAUGCUGCAGCGGGCGGCCCAGAAUGCUUUGGGGCAAACGUGUCGCAUCAUCAUCCCUCAGGAUGUGGGUCUGACCAUACUGAAGGGGGCUGUGUUGUUCGGACUGGACCCCACUGUGGUGCGUGUGCGUCGUUGCCCUCUGACCUACGGCGUUGGGGUUCUAAACCGUUUCGUGGAGGGUCGACACCCCCGGGACAAACUACUGGUCAAGGAGGGCCGUGAUUGGUGCACCGACAUCCUCGAUAGAUUCGUCUCCGUUGACCAAUCGGUGGCUUUAGGCGAGGUCGUCAGGCGGAGCUACACGCCGGCUAGAUCCGGUCAGAGGAAGAUCAUCAUCAAUAUCUACUGCAGCGUCAGCGACGACGUUGUUUACAUCAGCGACCCUGGAGUGAGGAAGUGCGGCGCGAUCACUCUGGAUCUACCGGAGGCGUUGCCGGGGACGGUUGACGGGGCGGAAAGGAGAGAGAUCCGAGCCACAAUGCAGUUCGGAGACACAGAGAUCAAAGUGAUGGCGGUAGACAUGGCGACCAAUCAGACGGUCCGAGCCGCCAUCGACUUCCUUUCAAAUUGAGGAGACUGAGUACAAUGUCAAAGAGUAAAGAAGGAGAAAGUAGGAAAUGGACCCACGAGGAAUAGGUCCGAAGUGAAAGAUCCAGGAUCAAUUAAAUGUUUUAAUAUUGAGUUAUGGCAUGAUGUGACAUUUUAAGUGACUACAAGACCUUCGAACUGCUCAACAUCACAAUCCCUUUUGUCACAUCGAAACAAAACAUCUCAAUCUGAUCUAGGAUCAGAUCCCUCUGGGAGCUGCCUGAAUAUAUUGGGCUUGUUGGAGACCACUGCCGAAUCCUGACCAAUCACCUUGAAUCAUAAAUAACCACUCAUGAUUACUUGUAGAUAAGUCAGUCAGCAUUUACCCACAAUGCAUCACGGAUCAAAUCCUUGCUCUCGAACAUGGCUAUAGACUCUUGCCUGUAUCUAGUUCCAGUGCCUCCGUCUUCAAGUUAACUGAUAAUAUAAUAAUAAUAAUAAUACUAAUGUUGUAGUGCCACCUUGUGGCCACUGGAUUGAAUGACCAGCUGAACAAGUGUUUUACUUUCUCUGUAUGGAGAAAUGAACUGAACUAUGGACUGGUUGUGACGAGGACUGACAGAAAUAUGCUAUGAAUAUAUCCGAACCAUUGAUUGUAUACGCUAGUAAUUUAGACCUUUUAUAUACAGUUGCUUGAAAGAAAUGUAGGCUUCUUGGAAAAAACACCAAAUAAGGUAUGAUCACAACAGUAUUUAAGUUGUGUACACAGUACAUGCAGAUGUCCUGAUGGAUCCUGUAUUUUAUACCCUUCUCAUAUGAAAUAUUAUCAAUUUAUGUAUAAAGAACUAUCUUAAGAAAUAACCUGUCUAUAGCUUGUUCAUCGAAGAUAAACAUAUUAAUUGUCAGUUGAAGUUAGAAUCCUUAUUUUGCGCAUUUUUUUUGUCAAAAGCUAAGGGAUGGGCUUGGGAAAAUGUAAGGACUCAAAACCAUAGACAGAGCUAUGUAUAUAAGGAUGGACCAUCCAUGAUUUCAAAUGUAAUAGUUUUAACCAUGUUGAGGCAAUACACUGCAUUUACAUUGUUAACAAACAUUGAGUAAAAGAAGCUCAUAUUUAGUUUUCUGAUGAAGUAAGAUAGGUGAACUGAAGCCCAUCAGGCUAGUGCAUUCAGCAAGUAUUCACACCCAUUGACUCCACAUUUUGUUGUGUUACAAAGUUCAAUUAAAAUUGAUUUGGAA